AUGGCAGAUCGAGUGCAAGCUUUAGUUCGGGUUUCUGGCCCUCCAAAUAGUAGUUUUCUAGUUGGUUAUCCUGGCAUUUCCGCUACGUUGCCGCGCAUCGAAGGAAAAGUAGAGAUUAGGCCUGCAUCAGGAUAUUCCGCCCCCGUCGCCAUUUCAUUAGUGAGAAUAUGUCUACAAAGAAGAGAGACGAUUCACCCAGCCGCCGAAAAUGUAGCCAAACGUCACCUCGGGACGCCUCGACGAGAUACCACCGACGUUGUUGGAAAGGAGCUUUUGCUAUACCGGUGCGCAACAGGCAGAGAAGCAGAGCAGGUCAUGACGAUGGACCUUCCAUUUGUCUUGUUUAUCCCGUUUGGGCGAGGCGGUGAAGAAACGAAUAGGAGGAUACCGCCGGCUUCGUUGCAACUCCCAAGCAGGACUGCAGAAACAUAUUACGAACUGGUGGUUACGGUACAGCAGGGACCGAGCAUACAAAAUAAAUACGCAUUCCCGAUUCCCUUGCAAAGAUACGAUACGUUAUCGACCUUUGGAAUGUACAACCGACCUGAACACAAGGCCGUCACCUCCGACAACAUAGUGACUCUCGGCAUUUCGCUUCCAAGAUGGAGUUACGGACCUAUGGACCCAAUCACGGUGUAUAUUAAAUUGGCCCCCAACCUCGACUGGUUAGCCAAGGCGAGAAAGGUCACCAUACAAAAGAUCACGCUUGCGAUUGAGGAAGAGAUUACCUACAACCCCGAGGGAGACGAGCCGACAAAGAAGGUGAACAGAUUACAGAAGCAUACGCAGACGAUAGGAGCCAAACUGCCGGAGGAAGGUUAUGUGACUAACAUGGGCAUUAUUUUCCCGCACAAAGACCUAAGGGAUGCGAAUGGAAUUAUUCGAAGGGGGCAACCGGCUUUUCCGAAUUACGAAGUCACAUCAUUUACGACAACAUCUACACUUUACAAGAUCGAGUUCUUCCUUACGAUUAAGGCGCAGUUAGCAUCGGCUCGUGAUAUUACCCUUCGACAACCUAUCGUUAUAUGCCCGCUAGAUCAUCAAGCAUGUAAAGAAGAAAUGGAUGCCAUCGAGCAAGCAGCAAAGGAUGCUUCCACAGUCGACCAGAAUAACCCGCUGUUACCAGCGAGAACGAUCGUUUUAGCUGACGACCCGAAUGCUUUAGAAUCUCUAGGAUAUUGCUUAGUAGGAGGUCAGAAGAAGCCACUAAUCGAAUGA